CGACCUGAAAAGCGAUUGAUCUGCGUCUCACAGUUAAACAGGCGUUUAGCUUUUAGCUCUUCUAUUUUGCUCUCUUUAGUGAAAUUUACAAGUUAAUUUAUUAACAUGAACGCUCACGGUGGUGCCGAUGGCGAUUGCUUCCUGUUCACUUCUGAGUCUGUCGGUGAAGGACAUCCCGACAAGAUUUGUGACCAGAUCAGUGAUGCUGUACUGGACGCUCAUCUCAAGCAGGACCCUAAUGCCAAGGUUGCAUGUGAAACCGCGGCAAAGACUGGAAUGAUCUUGCUUGCUGGUGAGAUCACAUCAUCUGGCCAUGUUGACUACCAGAAGGUUGUUAGAGAUACCAUCAAGCAGAUCGGCUAUGACGACUCCAGUAAAGGGUUCGACUACAAGACCUGCAAUGUCCUUGUGGCUCUGGAGCAGCAGUCUCCAGACAUUGCCCAGGGCGUCCACAUAGACCGCAAAGAGGAGGACAUUGGUGCUGGAGACCAGGGUUUGAUGUUUGGCUAUGCCACUGAUGAGACCGAGGAGUGCAUGCCCCUGACUAUCAUCCUGGCACACAAGCUGAAUGCUAAACUGGCUGAGCUGCGCCGCAGCGGAGAGCUGUCAUGGCUGAGGCCUGACUCAAAAACUCAGGUGACUGUGCAGUACCGUCAGGACCGUGGCGUGAUGGUACCGGUCCGUGUGCAUACUGUGGUGAUCUCUGUACAGCAUGAUGAAUCCGUCACGCUGGAGCAGAUGCAUGCUGCAUUGAAGGAGCAGGUGGUGAAGGCAGUGGUGCCCAGCAAAUACCUGGAUAAAGAUACUAUCUACCACCUGCAGCCCAGCGGGCGCUUUGUUAUUGGAGGACCCCAGGGUGAUGCUGGCCUGACUGGACGCAAGAUUAUUGUGGACACGUACGGAGGAUGGGGUGCUCACGGUGGUGGUGCUUUUUCUGGAAAAGACUAUACUAAAGUGGACCGUUCUGCAGCGUACGCUGCUCGCUGGGUUGCCAAGUCACUGGUUAAGGCAGGGCUUUGCAAACGUGUCCUUGUACAGCUGUCGUACGCCAUCGGCGUGGCCCAUCCUCUCUCCAUUUCCAUCUUCCACUAUGGCACCUCUGAGAAGAGUGAGAAGGAGCUGCUUGAAAUUGUGAAAAAGAACUUUGACCUCCGCCCUGGUGUCAUUGUCAGGGAUCUGAACAUGAAGAGGCCAAUCUACCAGCAAACCGCUGUGUACGGCCACUUCGGCCGCGAUGGUUUCACAUGGGAGGUGCCUAAAAAGCUUCAGUAUUGAUGUAACUGCAUCCAGUCAUCAGGUUUACCCAAGGCGAACCUGGCUGCUCUGAAAACCUUUACCCGCACGCUUCAACUUAGAUGUAUAAAUCCGUCCUUCCACUUGUACCCGCUCAGCACUUCAUCUAAAGCUAUAAUCCAUUUCCUGUCUCUUUUUUAGAAGUGUCGUAUGACCGCUUGAAUAGUGUUGUCCUGCAUCCUACUGAAGUUGAUUGCACAAAUUUGUUAAUGCAGAUUGCUAUGCAUUUGUCACAUGAAGCACUGAAGCCAAUCAAACUUUAGUCCAAAUGAGUAAGCUUACCCGUCUGUUCUCGCUUCUUGAAGGCCGAUCUUGUGACCAAUUGUUUCGAAACAAUCUUUCAGUUCUCCGUUCAUUCACUGUCCAUGUAAGGGAGAGAUGGCAGCAGUAUCCAGUUUAGAAAUAAGACUGCUGCUUCACUCAUUCACUGCUUUCUUCAUACUGUGUCUUCUGCCAUUACUGCUGGGCUCAGGCAAUUACUAAAACCCAGGAUGGAACAAGAUUUCACUGGUUUUAGCAAUGAAACGUGAGGUCACUGCCUGAGUAAUGUGUUCCGUCCUGGGUUUUAGCAAUGACCCUCAGCUCACUCCAGGAGUACUGGUGCAACUGAACUCUUCUUUUAAAAAUAAAUACUUUUUUUCUUUAAUUGGUACUGCACCCUCUUUCAAUACAGGCUUGUAGCCAACGCUCCUCACGAGAUCAGAGGUCUCGUACAAAUCCUCAGUAAAAUGUGCAGAGACCGCUUCAUAGCUGCCCAAUGUGCCUGUGAACUUCUCACAAAAUGUGUCAAUCUUGCAGUUUGAGCAUUCUUGGGCCAUGAAUGCAAUGUAAAGCCACCUUCUGUUAUGUUGCUGCACCUGCCAAAAACGUAUCUACGUGGCAUGGUGAUAGAUUGGCUCAAAAUGGAGGAUUGGAGUUGCAGUCAGCGUGGGUUUUUUUUUUUUUUUUUUAAGUAUGGCAGAAAUGGUAAUGAAACCGAUAGACUUCCUGCUGUGACAUUACAGACAUCAAGAUCAUUCACUCAGACCACUACCUAGAUAAAUAACUUCUAAUCGUUAACAAUUACUAUAGACUUAUUGAUGCUUUGUUACCAUGGGAAAUUGUACCUCAACAUCAAUGUCCUUGACCUGUGGUGUCCCCCAGGGGUCGAUUCUUGGACCAUUACUAUUCAACCUUUAUAUGCUCCCACUUGGGCAAAUUAUCAAGAACAAUUCAAUUUUAUAUCACUGCUAUGCAGAUGACACCCAAAUUUAUCUUGCUCCAUCACCUAAUGAUUAUGCCCCCCUUGAAUGUCUCUACCAGUGUAUCGAUCAAAUCAACAACUGGAUGUCUCAGUUUUCUUCACAGAUAAAACAGAAGUAAUUCUAUUUGGGGGAAAAAAGAUGAAAGACUCAGGAUUACCACUAUUCUUGACACAAAGGGGAUUAAAACAAAAGAAAUGGUUAAAAGUCUUGGUGUUUUCAUUGACAGCGAGCUAAACUUUGACAGUCACAUGAAAGCAAUCACUAAAAAAAACAUUUCCAAACUAAGACUUGUGUCAAAAAAUGAUCUGGAAAAACUUAUACAUGCCUUCAUCUCUAGUAGGAUUGAUUACUGCAAUGGCCUUUUCACAGGCCUGCCAAAAAAAACCCCGUCAAACGACUUCAGCUGGUUCAAAAUGCAGCGGCUAGGGUUCUCACAUGAACAAAAAGAACAGAGCACAUUACUCCAAUUCUAAGGUCCCUUUACUGGCUUCCAGUAAGCUACAGAAUUGACUUUAAAGCAUUGCUGCUGGUGUACAAAUCUCUAAAUGGUACAGGGCCCAAUUACCUCUCUAUGUUGCAGCGGCCUAACCCAAUCAGAUCUACCAAAUCGCAGCAGCAAAAUUUACUGGUAAAACCUGUAAACGAUUUUAUUCUGUUUUUUAAAAUUGAACUUUUAUCUCACUAUUUUAUUUCUACUAUUUAAUUCUUAUUAAUUUUCCUCCCCAUUUAUUUUAUUUACUAUUUACUGUUUUGCUUUUACUUCUGUAAAGCACAUUGAACUGCCACUGUGUAUGAAAUGUGCUAUAUAAAUAAACUUGCCUUGCCUCGCUUAAAACUAUUCCUGUGCUAUUCUUGAGACCUCAAGAAAUUUAACAAGUGAGGCCAUGGCUCUGCAUAUAUGCUUUAAUGAUUCAUUUAUUUUAAUGUGAUCAAAACCUGAGGAUCAGAGCAACAUUUAAGUCCAAAUGGUACCAAGGUAUGGUUGGAGUAUAACUCCAGACCUGUUUCAAUUAAACAUGUAUUUUUGUUAAAUGGUGUUUCAGUUGUCUAUGGAUCUCAGUCCUUGCAGACCACAAGUUCUGGUGUGCUACAGAGAAGCCAGAAGCUGUGAUCAGCUGUGGUGCUGAAGGAUUUAAUUCCUGACUCCACUCUCCUUUCUAUUUCUUAGAUUUAUUUUUUUAUAGAGUAAAUCUAGUACUUAAGACAUCAGUGAAGUCCCUGCACUUCCCCCUCCGUGUGCAGUCGAUAGCCAGUGUGGUUACAGAGAAGCUGAGCUCCCUCACUGCUGCAGAGGGGUUUCCUUCACUGUUUUAAUUGCACCAGUUCCAGGCCCCGCUGCCCAUAUGGAAGUCAGGGAGCCUAAAAUUGAGUUUUUGUAUACAAUCCUGAAAGUGAUCCGUGUAUUUGCCCAAUGUUCCACCCUGUGACAUCCUCAUUGCAUUGUACAGAAAAGCUUGGAGGCUCUAACACUGGGUGGUUUUUGAAGCUGUGACCAUUGUUGCCUGUUUUAGUUUUUCUAGGGAUUGCAGACCAAGGCUAGUCAUUAAUGCUCAUGUGCAUGUAUAACCUGCCCUACAACUGGGACAGAAGCAAGUGUUUGGCCAGUGUUGUACAGAGAAACUGGCCAUGUUUACUUUUGCUCUACUUGGUUGUUAAAAGAUCUCGAUUAGUGCACCAGAUUAGCGUACAGGAAGCAAAAGUGCCUUCUCUUGUCUUUCUCCUGCUCUACCCCUCUCCAUCCACCAUGCUGUCUCUUGCUGUGAUGAUUGUACCUGCUGCAGUUCCUAAUUUAUCCACCACCAUUUCUACAGUAUUUCAUAUGGUUUCCUGACUUUAAAUAAAUUCUGCUUGCACCGCC